UUCCGGUGUGAACAAGAUGGCGCUGCGGGAGCUGAGCUCGCUGGAGAAAUAUUUAGGAUUAAAGAAGCCCAAUAAAUACAGCACACAGGGAGACAAAAAGGUCCCUGUUCUCCAAAACAGCAAUGGACCGUCAUUGGUUGGUCUGGUCACCAUAGCAACUCAUCUGGUUCAUGAAGCUAAGAGAGCAGAGCUGUUAGGGGCCAGUGCUGAGCAGAGAGCUGUGGUGCAGCAGUGGCUUGAGUACAGAAUCAUCCGACUGGACAGCUAUUCUAAAGAUGAGCUCAAACUUAUACUGAAGGAACUUAACCUGUACCUGGAGGACAAAGUUUACUUGGCUGGGAACAUCUUCACGCUGGCAGACAUUCUCCUGUACUAUGGGAUUCAUCACAUUAUUGUGGAUUUGGCCAUACAGGAGAAAGAGCAUUAUCUGAACGUCACCAGAUGGUUUGAUCAUAUCCAGCAUUAUCCAGGUGUACGACACCAUCUGCCUCCUGUGGUGAUUCUGAGGAACAGAAUUUACCCCAGUGGUCACUACUGAAACCCUUCAUAUCUUCAUUGUUAAAUAAGCCAGACCUUGAGGCCACCAUAUCAUCCCCCAGCUGACAAACAGCUGUCCCAUUGGGUUAGGAGUAAAACCCCAAACAUUUAUCCAACUGGUCAGGACAAGUAAAGUAGUCUUAUGUGUUUUUUUAUUUUUUUGUGGGGGGAGGGUUCUCUGUUUGUUUUGCAUGUGCUGACAGGACAUAUAAUGCUGGCUGGUCUUUGUUUGUUUUUUAUAUUUUGUUGAUUUGAUGUAAUUUAUUUUAUUAUUAUUUUUUGUUUCGUGUUGUUUUUUUUUUGUUUGGUUGUUUCUUAAUGGAAGGUUUGUUCCAAUUGUGUGCUUCGGGGUACUUACCAGGGACUAAAAAAUAAAAAAAAUUCAUUUCGGUUCGUUCUGAGCAAAAACUGUAUUUUUUUGUUUAAAAUGACAGUACUCUGCUUUAAGGGGUGGGUGAAAUACCAAUUGCAGUGUUGCCAGUUCUCGCAAGAGAAACAAGUAACCUGGUCUGGAAAAUCAAGCCCAAAAUAAACCACUUGAUCCCCAAAAUAAGCAAAAAUAAGCAUUUACAUUGUUUCCUGUGUGGUGGAUUUAUCAGCAUAGAAAUCAUAACCCGGCAGCAUUAAAUCUGUAUAAAUGCAUCAUAUCUAACAAUAAUUCAGUGAAGACUUGAAAACAUCUGAGAAAUAUACUUUUUACAAUUAUAAUUAUACAUCGUUGUUAUGUUAAAAAGGUCUUCAUUCACAGAAUGCAACAUCCACAACGGGCAAUUAGGCAAAAACAUGUGUGAUGUAGAAGUUUCCUUCAGGAUCAAAACACAUGCUUCAUUUUCUCAGGUGACACAAAGAGGUGUAGUCAAAAAAUGUACUGUGCUAAACACUUUGGUUAAACCCUUUUUGUUAAAAAAAUUAUCAGAACCAAAUUAACCGGUUAUAACCAGUUAUCAGCAUUUAACAAAUAAUGUUUUCACUCCGAAACAACUGAAAAUCACUUUGUUCCAGUUUUUGCUUACAUUCUGCUACAAAUUUAGUUCCUUUUCAUUUUUGUUCCUUCAACCGAUUUUAGUCCCUGGUACUUACUAGUAAUAAUCUCAACAACAACAAGGAGUACAGUGACUGGUUCAAUCUCAAAAGUUGCUUAUUGCAAUGAGUUUAACUCUAAUAAUGUGAAUAUUUAAAUCUAUAAUUAGAUUAAAGGUAGUCUUUAUUUGAAUAAUCAUGAAAUAAUAUGGAAUGUCCAGUUUGGCCCUCAUUGUUGUGUUGCAAAUGAUCUUAUUUCUCUCAUCCUUCAGUUGAUAUUUUCCCCUGCUGUUUGUUGCUUAUUGUGUCAGUGUUGGUGUGGGCAGUAGACUGGGCUUUGACAGCAUGUCAUGUUUGUGCUCACGGGCAGCAGGCAGACGACCAGCCAUAGCCGCACUGACAGCUCUGGUGUGCUUUGAUCCUCAUGUGCUCUUCAUUCCAUCCACAGCCAAAAUUCUCCUGCACUGUUCCUUUCUUUAGAGACUUCAAUGCAAACACUGCAAAAAAAACUAUUUCUUAAGAAUAAUAAUAAAAAAUGAUUAAGAAAUAGUCUUGUUUCCAAUAAAAAAAGAUAUAGAUAUAAGAAUCAAUACUGUGUAAGAUAUGACAUGUUUUCAGAAAAUAUACCUUGAAUUUUGAAAAUAUCAUUAAGAAUGAACCACACCAAAUUGUAAAACAAUGCGAGGUAUAUAUUCUUAAAGCUAGUUUUAAUAUCUUAAGCUGUUUUGCAUCUCAAGUAAGUAAAUGGAUGUUCAUUUAGAAGAUAUUUGCAAUGGAUAACAAUUCUCAUCGUUAUUAGAGGAAUCAUUGUCAUUGACAAUCUGUACAUGUCAUUACAUUUUCACAGCACAAAAUGAAAGCAUAUUUAUAAAGGGUUCAAAACAAAUGAGAUUUUCCACUUUAAGGAGACUUGUUUCUGAUAUACAUGAGUUAUUAAUAUAGAGUCAUAAGUUAUAAACUGAUGGGUAAACAUUUCAAAGCAUCUUUCGUGGAACAGGAUGUUUCGUACAACACGCAACAUGUGGCCAGUCUGUUUCGGAGUUAUUCUGUCAGCAGUUUUAUGGUGGAAAAUCCUCUUCUUAUGAAAGAGAGAUGCCUAUUUGCACAUUCACUUAUCUUCUGUGCAUACGCUGACAAUAACAUGCCUCUGUUCUUUUAUUAUACUUCCUUUCCUGUAAGCCUUCUUUAUGAAACGUCUGCCGUUCUUAAAGCUCAAGUUUGUGUUCUUUAAUGUCAACAGUGCGUUGUCCAAUAAAUGAAAAAGG